CCUUUAUUUUAUACAUAAACACAAAAAACAGGAACACUCCGCAUUAUUCUGCCGUCUGAAAUUCUCCAGAGUCAACAAUCGAAUCCAAUCUAUUUACCUACGCGCCGGACACUUGCCUAAACGGCGGUGACGGCGACGGCGACGUCGGCACCAUCGACCAUCCACUUUCCGGAAGCAGCAUCCUUUUCUAUACUCACGACAGCCGUCAAUUUCUAAGAAGUCUCUUUGAGCUUGAGCUUAAUAUUUGGCCGGAACUGGAAUUGUGUGAAUACACUAUUGCACUUAGAGGAUCAGUGACAAGAUUCUUUGUGGAUGAUUAUACCGUAGUCAACUUUUGGUUUUCGAAUUUUAGUCAAGUAGAUUUCAAGGCUCAGUCGUGGUGCCGACGAUGAAAGUGGUGGCGCUAGUCAGUGGCGGUAAGGACAGUUGCUAUGCAAUGAUGAAGUGCCAGCAAUAUGGACACGAGAUUGUGGCACUGGCAAAUUUGAUGCCUGUUGAUGACGCACAGGAUGAGAUUGACAGUUACAUGUAUCAAACAGUUGGGCAUCAGAUAGUUGUCAGCUAUGCACAAUGUAUGGGAAUUCCAUUAUUUCGAAGACGAAUUCAUGGGUCCACCAGGCAUCAUGCUCUUAGCUACAGUACAACUCCUGGUGAUGAGGUUGAAGAUAUGUUCAUCCUUUUAGAGGAAGUAAAACGGCAGAUACCCUCUAUUUCUGCAGUCUCCUCAGGUGCAAUUGCAUCUGACUAUCAGAGGUUACGUGUGGAAAGUGUUUGUUCUAGGUUAGGGCUUGUUUCUUUGGCUUAUUUGUGGAAGCAAGAUCAGUCGCAGUUGCUUCAAGAAAUGAUACAAAGUGAAAUCAUUGCCGUCACUGUGAAGGUUGCAGCUAUAGGGUUGGACCCUUCAAACCACUUGGGAAAGGAAAUUAGACAUUUAGAGUCUCAUCUUCAGAAGCUUAAAGGUUUAUAUGGCAUUAAUGUAUGUGGAGAAGGAGGAGAAUAUGAAACUUUAACUUUGGACUGCCCCCUCUUCAAAAAAUUUCGUAUUGUACUAGAUAAAUAUCUAGUUGAAUUACAUUCACCAGAUCAAAUAGCUCCUGUUGGGGUUCUUCAUCCUGUGGAAUAUCAUUUGGAAGGAAAGUUGGACUCACUGUCUGCCAAUGUUGAUGGAAAAAGCAAUGUGGUCCCCACAGGGGUAUCCAAUUUGGUACAUGAAGUAGUGGGAAAUUACCAAGACAUGUUGAAAACUUCAUCACUAAACAAUGAUAUGGUAUCAGAUUUAGCACAGGAUAUGAGAAAAGAACUUCACAUCUCAAAAUCCGCGAAGGAUAACAGUAUUUCAAUUGCUUGCUGGUUGCAGGAUUCUUCUAAAGCCUCAGUUGAUGUACGAGAUGAUCUUAAGGUGGCUCUAACAAGACUUGAACUGCUGCUUGUUGAAUAUAAUUGCUCUUGGGAGGAUGUUCUUUAUAUCCAUCUAUACAUAGACAACAUGAAGGAUUUUGUGCCAGCGAAUGAAGAAUAUGUGAAAUUUAUUACUCAAGAUAAGUGUCGAUUUGGUGUGCCAUCACGCUCUACCAUAGAACUUCCUCUAUCAAAAGUUGGUAUGGGAAGAGCGUACAUCGAAGUCUUGGUGUCAAAGGAUAAAAGUAAAAAUGUUUUGCAUGUGCAAAGUAUUUCCGAGUGGGCUCCUAGUUGUAUUGGUCCAUACAGCCAGGCAACUCUGCAUAAAGAUAUUUUGUAUAUGGCUGGUCAGUUGGGACUCAACCCACCAACAAUGUUGCUCUGCGAUCAGGGUCCCGCACUUGAGUUACAACAAGCCCUACUCAACAGCGAAGCUGUUGCUAAAUGUUUCAACUGUUCAGUGGCAACAUCUUCUAUUUCCUUAAUUGUUUAUUGUUCAGCGUCUUUGAACACAUCAGACAGAAGUUCUAUUGAGAAUCAGAAGGAUUCUGUUCUUGCGAAAAUGAAAUUGGGAUUAAAUAGUGGAAGCAAAUCCAACAAGUAUAUAGUUAACAAUCCUGUUGUUCUGUACAUUCUCGUUCCUGACCUGCCUAAAAGGGCUUCGGUAGAAGUAAAGCCUUUGCUUUACACUGGGGAAAAUAUUGAGGCUCCCACUCGUGUGAGCUCACAAGAUAUAUGUGUGAGGCAAGAUUAUUGGGGAUUUCAGCAUAGAACCUGGCAUGAGAAUUGCCUUCAGAAAUGUGUUAUUAGCGGUACUCUAUUUACAGCCGUUGUGUCUGUGUCGGAGGAAGUUGCAGCAAAAAUCAACCAUGAAAGCAAUAACUCUGCUUGUGAUGAUGAUUCAGAAUGUACAAUGAGUUAUGAAAAACAAAUCCUAAGGCUGGCACAAUUCUGCAUCUAUCUUCUUGAUGGGGUCAUUCUGGAAAGUGGUUUUUCUUGGGCUGACAUCAUGAAUUUGAGGAUCUAUUUCGCAGCAAAUCUUUUUACCAGCCACAGAACAUUGUCGGCAAUCUUCACCAAUGCAUUUAAUGAAUUUGGUGAGAUGAACAAGGGAGUAGACGUACUAAAAGUGCCAUUUUUCAAUCUUGUUCCGGUGUUGGGCGCUGGUAGGUCCACAACAUCCAUGGAUGAUAUACUUACCUGUGAGAUGUUUGCCACCACGUGUUAGCCUAACCGACUAGCAAUCCGUAACAGCCCCCCCAGAAACAUUAUGGCUUCCUUCGCACCAGCUGGACGACAUUUUACCAGGAUUGUUUUAUUUCAGUUAUAAUUUAUUUUUGAUUGAACCUAUACACUUCAUACGUGAUUAACGAUAACAUGGCAGGACGCUAGCCCAAGCAUACAGAAUACGUAGCUGCACGAGCAACAAGACGUACACGGUAUUUUUUUUCUGUAAGUUUCAAUGACGAGCUAUGCGUUAUUAUUUUCUGUGUAAAUUACAUGUUUAAAUCGUAAUCGUGAGCCCUCUUUCUUUCACAAGUAUCUUCUUGAAAUAUCUCUGUUGUUGUGGCCAUUUGGUUGCGGUGAUUCGAUUUAUUUACUUUUUAUGUGGAAACAUUAAGUAUGUUGUUUGCACGUAUAUGCUGGCUGAAUAGAGUCUAAAUUACUGUGUUGAUGAAUAGGGCCAAAAUUUACUUAAACCAACAAUACUCUUUGUGCACACGUACUUUUUACCAUCGCAUGUUUGCUCAUUUAUGUUAAAAUAGACUUGUGUGAUAAACUUCAUAACAUAGUUUGAAUUUUCUUUUGAUUUUAAAUUGAUUUCCAACUUU